GAGGAGCAGACAUGCAGAGACGGCACAAGCAUUCCAGCUGCCUGGAGACGCACGCUGGGCUCCCUGUCUGGAGGCUCCCGGUUCAAGAACGGAGGGAAGCAGGCAGAGCCAAGCACACCAGCGGGAUGGAAACAGCUUUCUGGAAUCUCUGUUGUCUGCUAACUCACUGGGCACUAUGGGGCUCUGGCUUGUAACCCGUCCUGUAGGAGUAAAGUGCAGCCUACUCUUGGCAUUUCUCUCUGUGUAGCCACAUCAGGUGAAAUCUUUUUUCUUUGAGAGCUGAUAUUGCACAAAGAGACGAGUGCCAUUCAAGGAAAGUGAAUAGAGUGCGCAAGCACAAUGGAUGACCCAUGUGCAGUUUUGUCAGAUUAUUUUGACCUGCCUUUGUCAAAUUCAAACUAUUCUUCUUGGAAUCAAAGCUGUGAUUAUACAAGCCUGUUGUGGGCUGGACAACGUGUGGAGACAGGUGACCGAGCCUAUUUCACUGCCCGGGUGUUCAUUGGCAUGUCUCUCGCCUGCAUUAUGCUCACCUGCGGUGUGGGCAAUUUCCUCUUUAUUGUUCUCCUGAUCCGCUGCAGCAAGCUACGCACUGUCACAAAUUUGCUUAUCGCAAACCUGGCUGUGUCUGACUUGAUAGUUGCAGUUAUUUGCUGCCCUUUUGAAAUGGACUAUUAUGUGGUGAAAGAGUUGUCCUGGAGCUUUGGUCAGCUGCUCUGUUCUUCAGUCAACUAUUUGCGAACUGUGUCUCUCUACGUGUCUACAAAUGCAUUACUGGCCAUUGCUGUUGACAGGUACCUGGUGAUUGUGCAUCCAUUGAAACCUCGCAUGAAGUAUCAGACAGCUUAUUGUGUGCUAGCUGGAGUCUGGCUCAUCUCCAUUCUCAUUGCCCUCCCAUCGGCCUACUUCACCACUGAGACCAUGUUUGGUACAUUCAAGGAAGCUCCAGGAGUGACAAACCACAAAGUGUAUUGUGUUCAGAUUUGGACAGCUGAUAAAGCACUCUUUUACAAAUCCUACUUUCUUUUUCUGUUUGCUGUGGAGUUCUUUCUCCCAGUAGUGGCCAUGUCCUGUUGCUACAUUCAAAUAUGCCGUCAGCUCUGGUUUAAGGACCUUCCAGGGAUCCAGACGGAGCAGCUUCGCAACCGCCUGAGGGCUAGGAGGAAAACGGUUUUGGUCUUAGUGGGUAUUCUGACCAUGUAUAUCCUGUGCUGGACACCAUACUAUACCUUUUCUAUUGUCAGGGACUUCUUCCCCAGCCUGCUUCUCAAGGUGACUCACUCAGUGUCUCUCUACUAUGUGGUUGAAUGUUUUGCUAUGAUUAAUAGCGUAAUCAAUACCAUUUUCUUUAUCUUCAUCAAGAACAACACAGGCAAAUAUGUCAAAAAAGUCCUGGUGCGGCGAUGGAAGCCAGUGCAAGCACCGGAGAAGACGGUGGUGGAUUGUCCUUCAUCAUUACAGCCAGGGAUUGAGUGAUGUGAACAGCUUUUUUUCUUGAGAUAAGGCAACAGACAAUCACUUUUUUCUUAACUUUCACGCAACAUUGGUUCUUGGAAAGUUGUACAUUUUCAAUUCUUCCUAUAUUUAUUAAGCAGCUAAACCAUUAACAAAACUGGAUGCUUGAUUCUUCACCAGUCAUUCACAUCAUGGAAACAAGAAAAUCUGCAAUGACUUGCCUAUCCUAUAAAGUAAAUUAUGUGAUUCAUGGUCUAUUUUUUGUUUACAGACAUUAGUGGGCAGAUGACUUUUUAAUGCUAAGUGACAUUUUAAAAUUGCACAUUCUCUGGCAGUAGAGAAAUUAGAAAAAAUUAUAGCAGUUUACUGUGUGCUUUAAUGUGAAGAAGCAAUGAUGGGUUUGUUAUCAGAGCCAUUCAUUGAAAUGCCAGCAUAUCGUAUGUGUCUUGUCUUUCUUUUGGCUUGAACCUAAAUUUAUAUACAGUUUACAAAAAUAAUCACUUCUCAAUCCCUUUUAGUGCAAAAUCACAUCAGCUGCUGGAAAUUUUCAAUUCCAGUCUAGGUUUUGGUACUUUCCGUGCCACAAAUCAACAAUUCCAGAAAGGUAAUUUUUUACGCACUUAUUAAACAUGUAAGAAGUGAAAACAAUAGAGAACAGCCACAUCAGGAUGAGCUAGAAGGAAAAAAAAAACAUUAGCAUUACACACUAGAGUAAGGGUGAACUCACACUUGGCAUAUUUGUUUCUUACCAUGCCCAAGUGUGAUUGUUCUCCCUUCCCUACUCAUCGACUGGCCUGCACUCACACUGCACUUAACAUUCAGGGCCCGGGCACGCUUUUGUCAUCACCAUGCGACUUUGUGUAAAGCCAAAACAAGGUCUGAACACGGAGUGAUAGCAUGCACUUCAAAAUGAUUUUACUUAUUUUACGGUUGUUUUGGAGUAUUGUAGGGUAGGAUAACGCUCUACCCUCUUACAGAUUUAUUGAGUGUGCAACAUAGCGUUUUGCUGUUAAUCGUGCUGCACGUACGAGAAGAUUUUUACAGAGAAUAAUGAUGUUAAGGGAGGAAUUUGCAGCUUUUCUUGCCAACUACAAUUCACAUUCUUGUGUAAGGUUAGAAUAAAAAUCUGUUUUUAACUCAAAAGAUAGUGAAUGAAAUGAGAAUUGUACUAUCUGACUUGUUGCAUCAUUGACAUCAUAUCUGUUUUCUGAGCUCAGGCACAUUUAGCGAUCACACUGUUUCCGUAUGCUACUGAACAAUGAGCGGUCACACUAGUCAAAUGAACUAGACUUUGCAGGGUUACAUGCGGAGAAACAUUGAAUUGCCAGUGUGAGUAUACCCUACGUGCUGUUGUGAUGGCAGCUUUUGCCAUUCUUUAACCCAGAAAUACAGGGCACCAGAGACUAUUCUGUGAUCACCAGGUAAAAUGCAGGGGUUCACUCUGGAAGGUUUGUGCCAGUACGUUGCAGAGCAGGUUCAUUCACACCAAACCAGUGUAGCGUCACCAAUGGAAAGAAUUUGGAGUCCCUGGAGAAAACUGCAUGAAGAGUGGGCAAGCUGCAUACAGACAGGCAAGAGCCCAAGUCCCUGGAGCGGUGACAGGGCAGGACUAACUACAGAGCUGUAGUGUUGCAAUGUGUUUAGUAGAAGUAGAUCUUUCAUAAAAAAUCUUUCAGAUUUGUAGUAGAGAUUUUGAAUUCAAAUUCAAGUUAGUAUAAGAGUGCAGAGGAAUAAAAUUCACCUUUGAGCAUACAGUUUAAUGCCUCUACUCUUUGAAAGGUUGCUGACCUCAGCCAUUUUUUGAUUCAUGUGUUUUCAUUUUCAGUGAUAGCAUUGUGCAAUCGAGCGUGUCUUGUUUAUAGAUAAUCUAUCUAAUGAUAUCUAAGUGCACAUUAAAAAGGCAAGGCCACUCUCAGGCUAAUAUAAUCUUCUCCAAAAACUUUAAUUGAAACAGAUCUCAAGUGACAGAUGAAUGAAACCCUCACAUUCAAGAUUCAGUCUCCAAGUUGGGCACCUUGUUGGAUUUGCUGUGGUGAUCCAAUUUGUUUUCAGUCUUUUCCACUGUAGGCCUAGAUAGUGCCUAAGGAUCCCUAAAGCAGUGGAUGUCUUAAAGAACUGAAGAGAUGCCUUCCAAGUUUUGUUUUCUCUAAAGCCUCUUUGAAGGGGCUACCCAUUGAGAGAACGUACCGGCGACAACAAGGCGUCUGCAGCUCAUUGUGGGAAGGCACAUAUGGAGUGGCCAUUUUAUUAAUCACACUGAACCUUUCACAUAAUGGUGCAGUGACAGCCUUACCUGUGCCGACAAUGCCAGUAGUUAGGCAGAUGACAGGUUAAAUCACAAGCAAAGGCAACAAUAAAGACAUGGGGGUUAGCAUUGUUACCUCACAGUUUUAGGAGCCAAGGUUCAAAUCACAAUGUGGUUACUAUCUGCUGUUUUCUCAGGGCACUCCAGAUUUUUCUCACACUCUAAGCAUAUGUGCGUGUUAGGUUAGUUGAAUACUGCAAAUUGGUUUAAUGUUAGCUAAUGUUGGUAUCUGAGUGAUUCUAUCUUAUGAUGGACUGGAACCUGACAUUAUAACCAACAAUUGUACAAACAAAAGUGGGUCACCACCCAAAAACAUCUAACUUAAAAUGAUCCUGUGGUCAGAAAUAACAAAAAGGGAUGAUAAAGGCUGACGUGACUUGUGUGGUCUACAGUCGUCAAGCAACAGCUCAGUUCAGUAGUGGUGCAAAAAAAAAAAAAAACAGAAAUCACAAUGGAUUUUGUCACUUAAGUUAGUAAGAGUACAACUUCACUAUUAGUUAACUCUGCAGCACAUUGGAAUAAACAAGGCCGCCAUCCAGGUUCAGUGCUACCAUGUAGGCAAGCUAGACAGUCACUUAGGACGGGAAAGGUUUUAAGGGGCAGUGUUUUGGCAUCUCAGCACACAGUACAACACCAAAGUAGAAGCCCCAACUCCCCGUUCUAUUAUAUAAUAUCUGUGUGACAUCACAUCAGAAACUUCAAGGGGGACUUGUGAUGGCUUCAGCUGCCUUAACUGUACUUUCACCAGGAAACAUUGAUAACAUGGAGUGGAUGAAACGUGCAAUGAGGAUACAUAAGGUCAAAAAUAGGUGCAAUUAUUGCAGUGCUUUUAUUAUAAAAACAAACUGUUCAAAUGUACAGUGCUCCAAUACAUGAAUAUUCCACAAAGAAUGGUGUUUGUGGACGUUAAAAUGUCAAAAAAAUAUUCCAAUAAAACUAGUGUAAAAUCCUUGUUAGGUUAAAACACUCACAAGCCACAGUGCUUCUGUUUAAAUUCCAGUGUCUCCUUAGCUCACCCUUCUAAGUCUCCUUGGGGUAAGAUGACAUUUGUCAACAAUCACAGUCAACGCUUAAUACUCUAGGCUUGUGUCCCUCGCUGCCACACCUCGGCAUCCUGGGUAUCCGCCGAUCCCUGCUCCAUUUCUUAACAUGGGAGCCCAUUGAGAGCACCUGGUCAUUCCUGCUUGUCAGAGUGCUCAAAAGAAGCGACCACCAUCCCUGGAGUGCUGGCCACAUGCUACUUUCGUGACCAUACUCCUGACUGCCUGCCAUCACUCCUCAUCUCACUGGCUCUCACAGUCAUGCAUUUUCUUUUUUUCAUUACUUUUGGUUUAACCCUCCGUCAGUGUCCCUUUCUGUCUCUGUCUGCCUUUUCCCCUUAUACCUUCGUGGAUAUGGCAUUCUGAAAACCUGCAAGCCGCAGAGUGCCAAUGUGAAACACCUGAAUAAUAAGGCAAUCAGCUAGCCAUCCACAACACACACUCCACGGCUGCCCACCUCCACAACACCAUUAGCAUCCACUGAGCCUAAGUCCCACUGUUUUUAACACUAGAAUUACCAGAGCCUACGAAAAAACUCGUAAUUCCAUCCCACCUUAAACUGCUUCUUAAAU